AUGCUCUUCGUUCAUCUCGUUUUGUUUGCAAUUUUUUUGAUUCUUUUGUUGAUUGUUGUUGUUAAAAAUGCUUGGUGCUCGAAUUAUUGGAAGAAUAAAAACGUCGAUUACGUGAUUACUUCUCCCGUUUUCGGCGAUUUAAAAGAUUUCAUUUUGAGAAGGAAGAAUUUGGGUUAUUUAGUUCUUGAGUGGUAUCGAAGAUUUCCCAAUAAAAAGUAUUAUGGCACCUAUUUAUUUUCGAUUGAAUCUUUAAUAAUCAAAGAUAUCGACUUAAUCAAGAAGAUAACAAUAAAAGACUUUGAAUAUUUCUGCGACCACAUAAACGUAACCGACAUCGAACAAGAACCGAUUUUCGGCAAAAAUUUAACAGCGUUAAAAGGAAAAAAAUGGAAAGAACUGCGAAAUUUCUUAACCCCAUCAUUCACCGGAAACAAAAUUCGAUUAAUGUCCGGAUUAAUUUCGAAUUGUGCCAAACAAUUAAACGAGCAUCUCCUCGAAAAUUAUAAAAACAACGAAAUUCUCGAAAUUGAAGCUAAAAAUUUAAUGUCCCGAGUCACCAUCGAUGUAAUUUCAACGAUCGCUUUCGGAAUUGAAUCAAAUUCAUUAAAACAAGAUACUAUUUUAUAUAAAAUCGCUUCCUCAACAACAAACCCAUCAAAAUUCAUUUUUAUUUUCGCCUUAAUCCAAAUUUUUUUUCCAAAAUUAGCGAAAAUAUUACAAUUGAGUCAAUUACCAUCGAAAGAAACCCAAAUUUUCACCGAAAUAAUCAAAGAAACUUUAAAAAAACGCGAAAAACACAACAUAAUUCGCCCAGAUAUGAUCCAACUUUUAAACGAAGCAAGAAAAGAUGAAAAAAUCACCGUUAAUGAUAUCAUAGCACAAGGAUUCGUCUUUUUCUUAGCUGGUUUUGAGCCAAUUUCAACUUUAUUAAGCCAUUUAUUAAACGAAUUGGCCUUAAAUCAAAACGUUCAAAGAAAACUCCAAGAAAAACUCGACGAAUUAAACGAUUUAAAUUACGACUCAAUAAUUAAAAUUAAAUAUUUAGACCAAAUUGUCUCAGAAACUUUGCGUUUAUGGCCACCAUCGGCGUUUACAAACCGAGAAUGUGUCAAAAAUUAUUUAAUAAACGACGAUUUAACGAUCGAAAAAGGAACAGGAAUUAUAAUCCCUAUUUUUGGAAUUCAUCGGGACGAAAAAUUUUAUCCAAAUCCGGAUAAAUUUGAUCCGGAACGAUUUAAUGGGCCAAAUUUAAAUCCUUACGCGUUUAUCCCGUUUGGAAUUGGGCCUAGAAACUGUAUUGGAUCGAGAUUGGCUUUACUUGAAGCUAAAGUGAUUGUGUCGCAUUUAUUAUUGAAAUUUGAUGUUGUAAAAGUGAAAAGGACCGAAAAUGAGGUUGUUUUGAGUCGGAAUAGAGCCGCUUUGGUGCCCGAUUCUUUUUGGUUGGGUUUAAAAAAGAGAAAAUCUAAUUAAACAACAAUCGUUUUAAGCGCGCUUUAAAAUUAACCACAAAAAUAAACAACUUAUUUAAA